AUGGAGAGCAGUUCAUCAUUUGGAAAUGUUGGAAAACUAUUCGACAAUCCUGGCUGUUUAAGUGAAACAUCAAGGAGUUCUGGAUUAUUGGUUACUGUCCCUGAAUUAGUUCGUGACAUAGCGCCAAUGCGUUAUGGUUUGCUCGCUGACGAAUUCUACAAGAGCGGUACCAAUACGGAAACUGUGCUUAAUAUAGAAAAUGAACAGAGUGUUCCCUCUUCAUCAUUAUCAAAAGUACUCAUUAGUGAUGAUGAUGAUGAUGAUGAUAAAAUACGACCUGUGAGUUGUCAAUGCGAAUCAUUUUAUAUGAAAGAUAAAUUGUGUCCCUCUCAGGAUUCUGCAAAAUUUAUCGGGAAAGAAAAUUCCUUGCUUUCAACGUUAUUCGACAAAGAAGAGGGUGUGUCUGAAUGCCGCUGGGAAACGUCGAAAAUCAGAGAAGUUCCGGUGUGGAAGCCGACUUCGAAAUUAUUUUGUGACAGAGAAAGGAAGUGUAAAAGAAAUGAUUCAGCGUUUCCCGGAAGAGGAGUCCAUCGAGUCAUUUUUUCCCCUGCUCCGGAAAAAGAUCCGCUCUUUGGUCGUAAGAAUCACAUCUCAGCAGUUUCUUUAGCUUAUCGUCCUGUUUCAAGAACAUCCACCUUUUUCGAUCGGUUUCGCUGUCGGCGAAUCCUACGUGCGACUGCUCAUAGAUUCCUGAUAGAUAGGGAUCCAAAAAGAAACAAAAGAUAUAUCGAGAAUGAGGACAUCGAUUUACCGGAAUAUCAAGGAGAACCGUGUGAAAUAGCCAGACUUAAAUGUUUAGCAGCCUCACAACGAUUACAACGGCCCGUAAUAGUUGAAGAUACUUGUUUGUGUUUUAAUGCGCUUGGAGGUCUACCUGGACCAUACAUUAAGUGGUUUCUUAAGAAUUUGAAACCUGACGGUCUCUGUAGAUUAUUAGCCGGUUUUGAAGAUAAGACGGCGUAUGCACAGUGUAUAUUUGCGUAUUGCAAAAACUCAUCUACACCUGUUCUUCUUUUCGAAGGAAGAACGAAUGGAAGAAUAGUUGAACCGAGAGGAGAGACGAAUUUUGGUUGGGAUCCAUGUUUUGAACCGGAAGGUUUCUCGCAAACAUACGCAGAAAUGAGCUCUGCGAUAAAAAAUACAAUCAGUCAUAGAAGUAAGGCCUUGAAGGUACAUCCUACUGCAUACUACUGGUUGAGAAAUAGUAAUGAAUUCUGGAAAUUAAUGAGGUAUCCAUCAUUCAAGGCAGCAUUUCAUUUGUUGAUAACGUAUACUGGAGAAGGUCUGUAA